GUAAUUAUCGCGGUACCUGAUUUUCCGCUUCAAAUUUGUGUUUUAUUCGAAUUCAAACGUCGGGAUACCGUAGAGUUGUCGACUAUUGAGUCCCUCCUUCGACCCACGUUAGGAAAGAUAAAUCUGCGAUAACAUUACGCCAAUCAUUCUUGUUGUGUGACCAGGCGAAGUGAUCUAACAUAUCAUUAUUCAAUAUGACACGUCUAAAGAUGCCACCAACUCCGGCGUCCUCUACCGAGAUCAAAGGCCAGGAUCACUCGCAUCAGCUAUCUACUCUGCAAAUGUCUUUCGAACUACCUCCGUCGGCUAUUACGCAAAAUGCUAAGUCCCAAGCAUCCGCUGCAUCUAAGACAUCACCUGUAUCGCCAUCUACCAAGACCACAUAUCCGGUACAACCAAGCGAGACAGUCAAGUCAAGGAGGCGCUCGUCAGCCGCGCAGAAAGAGACGUUUGCUUUACCCCCUCCACCAACGAGAUCCCGCAGGAUCAUUCAAAUGAAGCCUCGCCCCCAAGAAGAAUCUGUAGAACAGGCGGCCUCAGACAAGGCAACUACCGCGAAUACCGGAAAGAAUGCUAGUGGCGCCGGGUCCAAGAAGAAGCAGCCAUCGGCGACAAGUGCAGCCGGCAGGAAGAUUGCGAGGAAGACGGCUCAUAGCUUGAUUGAGCGUCGCCGACGAUCGAAGAUGAACGAGGAAUUCGCAGUGCUCAAAGGUUUGAUACCCGCCUGCACGGGCGAAAUGCACAAGCUAGCUAUUCUUCAAGCUUCGAUUGAAUAUGUGCGAUACCUUGAAGACUGUAUCUCGCAACUAAAGGAACAACGCGAGGACCAAUCAACAACCCCGGCUCCACCCCAAUUUAAACUCCCCCCAUCUAACGACGACACAUACGACAUGGACGAGGACAAGGAAGACGACGAAGAGGAAGAAGGCCAAGAAGACGUCGAAAUGACAAACUCAGAAGCUCCCUCGCCUGUCUACACCCAAACCCCCGCCCGCUCCAACCAAUCCUCCAUAUCACCCGCCUUAGUAGCGCAGGACGCGCGUGGAAGACAGCAAUCCUACUCAUCGGUGUCUACCGAAUACCGCCAUUACAGCUACAGCGGGCCAUCAGCUACUUCUCCCGCUUUUGGACCCCAGGGGUAUCCGCAGCAUGUGGGGCCCGCGUCCGCGAUCACGAGUCCGGCGCUAAGGCCCCAGCAGGAGAUCGAUCAGGAGGCUUCGGCGGCGUUGCUGAUGCUCAAUGUUGAUCGGAGGGCGGGGUCAGGGUCGGGGUCGGGAUCGGGGUCUGGGAGGGGGAUGAGUGUGAGGGAUUUGCUUAGUUCGUGAGAACAGCAGUGCUGUUUUCUGGAAGGCUCUGCUCUGACGCUUAAGUUGCGUUAUUGGUU